CUCUCCCUGUUCUGUUGUUCACUCCCAAUCUUCGCUCACAGUCCACCGGCUCCGAUCCCAACUCCCAUGGCGCUCUCCGUCUCCGCGCCCACCUCCUCCUCCCUCCUCCCGCCCUCCCGUCAGGUGGGCAGGUGGAGUCCAUUGGCGAGGUCGGCUAAGCCUGUUCCUUUCAGCCUCCGGAGCUCGCCUCUGGCUGCGCGGGCCGCCGCCGGCAACGCACCCACUUCCCCCGUAGACGAGAUCGUCACCGAGCUCGAUGCAGUGGCCGGCUUCAGCGAGAUCGUACCGGACACCGUCGUGUUCGAUGAUUUCGAGAGGUUCGCACCCACGGCGGCCACGGCGAGCUCCUCGCUGCUGCUCGGGAUCGCUGGGCUCCCGAAUACCAAGUUCAAGAGUGCGAUAGAUACUGCACUGGCAGAUGGUGAGUGCAACGCAUUGGAUAAGCUCGAGGACAGGAUGUCCUGUUACCUCACCAAGGCCCUGGCAAACGUUGGCGCUCAACUGGCUCAUCAAGUACCUGGACGUGUUUCGACUGAAAUAGAUGCUCGGUUGGCUUAUGACACCCAGGGCAUUAUCCAGAGGGUGCAUGAACUGCUGAAUCUGUACAACCAGCAUGAUGUCUUAACUGACCGCCUGCUAUUCAAAAUUCCUGCUACAUGGCAAGGCAUAGAGGCCUCAAGGUUGCUUGAAUCUGAUGGAAUUCAAACACAUUUAACAUUUGUAUACAGUUUCGCACAAGCAGCAGCGGCAGCACAAGCAGGUGCAUCUGUUGUACAGAUAUUUGUGGGGCGGUUGCGGGUAAUUUAUCAAGAUUGGGGAAGGAAUCACUCUGGUGACCCAGAAAUAGAUGAAGCUUUGAAGAAGGGAGAAGAUGCUGGCCUUGCUUUGGCAGAGAAAGUAUAUGCCUAUAUUCACAGAAAUGGGUACAAAACAAAGUUGAUGGCUGCUGCCAUACGGAACAGGCAGGAUGUAUUUAGCCUUCUGGGGAUUGAUUACAUCAUUGCACCUCUGAAGAUAUUGCAGUCUCUGGAAGAAUCUGUCACUGAUCCUGAUGUAAAGUACAGUUAUGCCCCAAGGUUGACUCCUGCCCUUGGCAAGACGUACAACUUCACUGAAGAGGAGCUUGUGAAGUGGGACCAGUUGAGUCUUGCAGCUGCUAUGGGGCCCGCUGCUGAAGAAUUACUUGCUUCUGGAUUGGAGGGAUAUGUGAACCAAGCACGCCGUGUUGAGGAGCUCUUUGGGAAGAUCUGGCCACCUCCGAACGUUUAAAACCGCCUUGCUGGGCCUCAGUUUCCAGUUCCAACAGAGAGUAAUAACAACAGGCAAGAGAACACUUCUCCCGCCUGCACCGGUUCUCCAAUGUGAUUUACCUAGCAGUCUCAGAAUGUUGUGUAACAAAAAUAUUACUUCUUUUGGAUAUGGUACGGGUACGACACGCCCCCAAUGUUGCAUUAGCCUGAGAAUGUGUAUUGAGCUUUUUGUGAUUCAAAUGAUAUGCUGGAUUGAUCAGAAUUUGUCACCUGAUAUUCCCUGCAAA